GUCACCGUCGGAGAGGCUCACAAUGUCCUCAGCAACUUCUACCACUUCUUUGCCCAGUGGCCUGGCUGUCCUGACAACUUUCCCAGAUGUGCUCUUCAUUCCUGAAAUCAUCUUUGGGGGCCUUGUCUGGAUCCUGGUGGCAUCCUCGAAGAUCCCAUCACCCAUGCUGCAAGGCUGGGUGAUGUUUGUCUCUGUGUUCUGCUUCAUCAUGUCCACCACCCUCCUCUGCCUCUACAUCUGUGGGGUGCAUGGGGGCAGCAGCUUCUGGGUCACCUUGGAUGUCAUCUUCCAGGAGACAGCAGCUCUAUUCUACCUCAGCGCUGCCGUGUUGGAAGCCUACUUCACCUAUAGCAUCAGGUUGCUUUCUGUCAACACCGUGUACCAGGAGAACAUUGCUGCUGUGGUAUUUGCAUUCUUGGCUACCCUGAUGUAUGUGAUCCAUAAGGUGUGCUCGCUCCUGAGAUGGAAAUCAUCCUAAGACCCUUGCCUCGCAGGUUACCAACUGCUGAAUAACGGCUUCAGUAACUCCUAACAAUGGGAGACUGCUGCUGGAUGAGAGGCCUACAGUGCCCUCUCAAAGCCUGAAAUUGUGCUCAAGACCUCUAUCAAGACACCGAGCAGGCAGAGAAUUUGGGGAGGGAAGAAAAAGAGAAGUCCAAGAAAGUCUGGGGGCAAUAAUACUCCAACAGAAGGGUCUGGUCAAAACACAGAGGUGCUGGGAAAGCAGGUGAGUGGCUGCUGGCACUGGUGUCUCUUGCUGCUUUGGGUAGCCAAAUAUCCCAACUCUUUUGGGUAGCCAACCUACCACAUUUUUAUUUUAUUCAGCUCUUGGUAAUCAAAGCUUUUGAGCAGUGAAAGUGGUACUGAAGCUGCCUGCAAAUUGAGGAAGGCAUCAUUGCACCCACUUAUACCAAAUUGACCUUUUGCAGUUGAUCUCCAAAAUGUGCCUCAUGACUCAGCAACAGCAAUUCACCAGCUUCACAGCCUAUGCAAAAUACAACAGCCACUAGCCAUGAAAAAGUUAUGCCUGUCCUCUUCAGGUUACAAAAGCUAGCAGAAUGCCAUGCACUAACAAGAGAGCAAGACAGCACAGAUUAUCAAAGUACUGUACAUCGCUUCCUUCCUCCUGGCCCAGCCACUGGCAUGAAUUACACUUUGUUACUGCAGAACAUCAAAGACAGGGAAUGCAAAUAAAGCAGGUAACAUAGACUCCUCGGAGCUAAAACU